AUGGCAGUGCAAGCUAGUAUGGGGAUCAGUAGAAUUUUGUUUAUGCUUGGGACAGGGUGUACUGGUACAAUCUUGGUGCAGAAAGGACAAUUAUCUCAAAUACUGGGAUCACUUCAGUCAUACGUGAAGAGACUGGAGGGGGGUUCAGAUGAUACGGAUCUUGUAUCACAGCUGAGUCAAAUAACAGCGGCGGUGCGGCAAAUACAAUUGCAACGACCAGGAGUAACUAUGAUAACUGGUUCUAAUGGAAAUUCAACUACACUUAUAGUGCCAAUUGCAUCUGCGGGAGCAUUGGUCUACGGAUAUAUGUGGUGGAAGGGUAUUUCAUUUUCAGAUAUCUCAUAUGUUACCAAGGAAAGCAUGGCGGCUGCUGUUUCUAGUUUGAGAGGGAGUCUGGAGCAAGUAACAUCUGGUCUAAAUGCGGCAAAGAGACAACUUAUGAACCAAUUAACAGGUAUGAAAGAGACAAUCGAUGGCAUUGACAAUACGGUACAAGGCGUUAGAAAAGAUGACAACAAAAUGGAUGCCUUGGAUAGCAAAGCGGAUGAAACAAACGCUGGAAUCAUGUACAUUUGCAGUACUGUAAAUAAAUUAGAGAUUGCUGUAAAUGAAUUAAAGACGGCUAAGUCGCAACAGGCUAUCGAAUAUAACAAACCACAGGCACAGGCUAUUGAAUAUAAACCACAACCCAAGUUCAUUCUCAUGUCCACCACUAAUGGUCUCUUGACGAUAAUGGAUUCCCCUAAAGAGACAGUAAUGGAUUCGCCUAAAGAGCUUGAGCAGGACAGUAAAGUGAAACCAUCGAUCUCAUCAGCAUUUUCAAGAAAGAAUACAUAUAUGGGGAUUUCUCUAGUUAUAUAG